UGUGUGACACUUGGGGGAAACCAAGGGAAUAAGCCGGCCUUUAAAAGACAGUUCAAGAAGCAGCAAUUUUGUAGAAAUUGGUUACACAGUGGCAUACAAAUGCAGGCGAAGAUCACCGUGACGGAGACAUGGCUGAGGAAGCACCGCCACUUGUACGACGGAGCCACCAGACAUCCUUUUAUCCGCAGCAUUCGAGAUGGGAACAUCGAUAUCUCCGCCUUCAAAACAUGGCUGGGGCAGGAUUACAUAUUUGUUAGAGCUUUUGUGCCGUUUGUAGCAAGUGUUUUGACUAAAGCUUAUAAAGGAUCAGAUGAUGGUAAUGGUGAUGUAGAAGUGAUAUUAGGAGGUGUAGCUGCUUUACAUGAUGAGAUUUCCUGGUUUAAGAAAGAAGCUUUUAAGUGGGGUGUUCAGCUCUCAAGUAUUGUUCCUCAGAAAGCAAAUCAAGAAUACUGCCGAUUUCUUGAGAGCUUAAUAGGCCCAGAAGUCGAAUACACCGUCGCGGCUGUAGCUUUUUGGGCUAUCGAAACCAUCUAUCAGGAGAGUUUCGCACACUGCUUAGAAGAUGACAGUAAAACCCCUCCAGAACUCAAGGAAACCUGCAAAAGAUGGGGCAAUGAAAGCUUCGGAGAGUACUGUAAUUCCCUCCGGAAUAUUGUCGAUGGACAGCUAGAAAAAGCGUCCGAUGAUGUCAUCACAAAAGCUGAAGCGACACUCCUGCGUGUUCUUGAACACGAAGUUGAUUUCUGGAACAUGAGCCAUGGAAGAACCUGAAUCUACGAGACUGAGCUGCAUGGUUUACCUUUCGCUGAACUUGAUAUAUCAUAAGCACCAAUAUUACAAGGUUGCGUGCAUAUAUUGUUAAAUCAACGGUUUGCUAUAUACAUAAACGUACCUAGAAGUUAUGGACUCUGUUUCUUUUCCGCCUAUAUAUGAAGUUGUUUAUAUGGUGAUGGUUUGUCAGAA